CCCCCGCGGCAGCACUGACCGGGGCGCGGGGUCGGUCCGGGGCCGCUCCGGGGCCGCCGCCGCCGCUUCCUCACCUUCAGCAUCGCCACCGCCGCCAUGGGCUCCGUGCAGCAGCGCCUGGACCGCUUUCUCUACAGCCCCGGGCCGAUCGGCGACCUGCUGGGCCGGCUGGAAGCCCGUACCGGCGUCCAACGGCUCUACCUGGCCACAGGUUCCGUGGCUUUCGUGGGGCUGUACCUCAUGUUCGGCUACGGCGCUUCCCUGCUCUGCAACAUCAUCGGCUUCGUGUACCCCGCCUACGUGUCUGUCAAAGCCAUCGAGAGCAGCAGCAAGGAGGAUGACACCACGUGGCUCACGUACUGGGUGGUCUACGGCAUCUUCAGCGUCGCCGAGUUCUUCUCUGACAUUUUCCUCUACUGGUUCCCCUUCUACUACGCCGGGAAGUGCCUGUUCCUGGUGUGGUGCAUGGCCCCAGUGCCCUGGAACGGCUCCCAGCUCAUUUACCACAGCAUCAUCCGGCCCUUCUUCCUCAAGCACCACCACGCCGUGGACAACAUGAUGGGUGACAUCGGCACCAAGGCCCUGGACGCGGCCUCCACCGUCACCCGAGAAGGCAUCAAAGCAUCCCUGAACAUGGCAGAGUUAAUGCAGAAGGCGAAAUAAGAGGGGCAUCGGGGCCUCCGGUACCGGCACUACAGCCCCGAUCCUGGGAGCAGUACCGGCACCAGCGGCUCCAGUACCGGCACUACAGCCCCACUACUGAUACCGGCAACCCCCGUUCUGGCACCGACGUCCCCCAUACCGGCACUACAGAUGCCGGUACCGGCACCAUGCUCCCGGUACUGGUACCGGCAUCCUCCGUUCUGGCACUGAAGUCCCCCACACAGACGCCGGUACCGGCACCAUGGCCCUGUUAACGGUACCGGCCAGCCCGGGCCGUUCCCGUCCGGGAUCCCGAGUUUCCCCAGCCCGAGUCCGUUGUUUCCCCGGUUUCUCAAUAAAGCCCGGUGCCCACCGAG